AUGAUCAAUAGACCCAUUAAUACCCCAACCACCUCAAACCCAAAAUCCCCUAAAAGGAACCCAAAAUCCCCUCUAAAAGCCCUAAAAUCCCUUAAAAGACCCCAAAAUCCACUCAAAAAGCCCCAAAAUCCCCUAAAAACCCAAAAUCCCCUAAAAGGAACCCAAAAUCCCCUCUAAAAGCCCCAAAAUCCCCUUAAAAUACCCCAAAAUCCUAUAAUAGAACCCCAAAAUCCCAUUCAAAAACCCCAAAAUCCCUUAAAAGACCCCAAAAUCCCUUAAAAGACCCCAAAUCCCCUUAAAAGACACCAAAAUCCUAUAAUAGAAACCCAAAAUCCCAUUAAAAAACCCCAAAUCUCCUAAAAAGACCCCAAAUCCC